CUAAGCUUAGAUAUAACAUUUGGUAUCAAAGCUUGUUGUUGAGCAUCCCUUUGAGGCCAUACAACACACUUCCUCUUUUCUAUCCAUUCCACCCCUUUUCCUUUCCCUUUCCUUACUAUCAUCAUGUCAAACACUUCCAACAAUCUCUCCAACGAAGAACUCCUAGCCUCCAAUACCGCUCUCAAGGCCCAAGUGGAGUACUUGGCCAAACAAGUUGCCCAACUCACUAAGCUCAAGAUGAGCAUGGUGAACACUCCGGAGGAAAGUGAUGAAGACCAAGAAGCUCACCCUGAAGCUAACUCUAGUAACACUACUAGAGAAGAGAAUCACGAACGAGGAACUACUGAUUUCAAGGUUGACAUACCAACCUUUGAAGGGAAGAACGAUCCGGAUGACUUUCUAGAGUGGCUAGAAACUGUUGAGCGCGUCUUUGACUUCAAAGAUGUGCCCGAAGACAAGAAGGUCAAGAUCGUGGCAUUGAAGUUCCGGAAGUAUGCCUCCACUUGGUGGUCCAACCUCUCCACCAAAAGAAGGCGAGAAAGUAAGCCCCCUAUGAAGACUUGGCUCAAAAUGAGGAGCUUGUUGAAGAAGAAGUUCGUGCCCGAACAAUAUGUACGAGACAACUUUGCCCGGCUUCAACACCUAAGGCAAGGUCCUCGCUCAGUUGAAGACUAUACUCGGGAGUUUGAAGAACUCUUGAUGAGGUGUGACCUGCAGGAAAACGACUCACAAACAUUGGAACUCUACAAGGAUGAUGAAGAUUUCAAGGAGAUGUAUGCCCAAUGCUUUUCUCGACCCCAUGGAGAUUACCUAAUCAAACAUGGUUACCUCUUUCAUGGCACGUCUUUGAGCGUAAAGACGUCUUCAACCUUUGCUUGCCACUUUGAGAACUUCUCCGGGUCAAUUCUUCCCUCAAACGUGGGAAUCUCCACUGAAUUAAAUGGAGAUAGCUUGCCAAUGAAGAAGAUAGGCGAUACACUCAUCCCGAAGGACGAGGAUGAAUAUGAUGAAGCCGAUCUUAAGAAGGCUCAAUUAAAUGCCACCGCCAUCAACUUCUUGUAUUGUGCUGUCAAUGCCAACGAUUAUCAAAAGAUAUCUCGUUGCCAAACCGCCAACCAAAUGUGGAACAAGCUCAUGAUCACAUACGAAGGUACGCCUCAAGUUCGUGAAUCAAAAAUUGAUUUACUAACCCAUGAAUAUGAGUUAUUUGCUAUGAAAGAGAACGAACUUGUGGAGGAUAUGUUUGGAAGAUUUUCAAACAUCGUCAACGACCUUGAUAUGCUUGGAAAGACGCUCACCGACAAGGAGUUAGUGAGGAAAAUCCUGCGAAGUCUUACCAAGGAAUGGGAGUCAAAGGUUAACUCCAUCUACGAAGGCCGAGAUUACAACGUUAUCACAUACGACGGUCUCCGAGGUAACCUUAUCACUUACGAAACAAAUCAUCUUUCUCAUACGCUUGACGUUAAGAAGAAAACUAGAAUUGCUUUUAAAGCAUCUUCUUCUCAAAAAGUAGAGAUCGAUGAUUCGGAUUCGGAUAGUGAUAGUGAUUCUAGCACUUCAUGUGAUAUUUUGGUUGAAUGUUUUAAUGAGUUUAUGAAACAUGAGCUUAACAAAAGCAAGAGGAAAAACACCCCAAGGUGUCACACUUGCGGAAAGCUUGGCCACCGAAAAUUUGAGUGCCCGAAGCUUAAGAAAAUGAGCAAACAAGAUGGAUUUGCUUAUUUUUCGUGGAAGUAUGAUGAACCUUCCAAAGACGGUUGCCUCAUCGCUCUUGAAGAACCAGAUGGGUGGUCGGGCACGUGACGCACUUGAAAG